AUGGGUCGCCGUCAUCGUCGUUCGAAGGUCACUCGAGUAGUGAAUCUCGUCAAAAAGAUCAUCGCUUUCUUCUUCUCCCAUAUUGGCCUAUGUGCACUUGUAGUCGGUUACGCAUUGCUGGGAGCGGUAAUAUUCCAAGCUGUCGAAGGCCCACACGAAGAACAGAUUCAAUCGUCCGUAACGGCAGCUCGUAGUAGAGCUGUCGAUGUCGUCUGGAAUGCCACAUUUCGAGUCAAUCGGCUCAAUCAAGAUCAAUGGAAAUCGGCCGUCUAUAAGGAGGUGAAGAAAUUUCAAAAAAUCUGUAUGCACGCAAUACGAAAAGGUUACGAUGGGAAGGAGUUCAAGCAAGCUGCUCAAUGGACUUUCACAGGCGCAUUCCUGUAUUCGCUUACUGUCAUCACCACAAUAGGUUACGGUAACACUUCAGCCAAAACCUAUAUCGGUAAAACGUUGACGAUGCUGUAUGCCAUAAUAGGCAUUCCACUUAUGUUGCUUUUCCUGACAAAUAUUGGUGAUGUCAUGGCCAAAAUAUUCAGAUUUCUCUACGCGCAGUCAAUUCGUCUGAAAUUCCGACUGAUACUCUGGCACAAAAAACGAAAGGCUGCCAAAAUACGACGUGCAAACUCACUUGUAUCUCGACUUACCAGAGCACAUCGAGUGAAAGCCGAUUCCUCCAUUGACUCAUUUGCUGUCGGUACGAACUGCAUAAAAAUUCACUACUCUUUUGUUUACUAUGUGCUGUCCUAUCAAAAUUACGUACGCUUGUUACUUUGUUCACAUGACUGGCAUUGUUAUGGCGCCACAGUUAUGGCUUACAUUUCAGGUGGACCUGAUGUCGAGGAUUUGCUUACGGCACGGGUUGAGAUGGAACAGUUGGAGGUGCGUGAAACCGCUCAGGCUCAGCUAGAGAAGAUCAGCGUCCCGUUGUCGCUGGUCGUGCUCACGAUGUUCGCGUAUCUCGUCGCCGGAACAAUUCUAUUCAAAUUGUGGGAGGGCUGGACCUUCCUCGAAAGCUUCUAUUUCUGUUAUAUAUCACUCACUACAAUAGGAUUUGGUGACCGCUUCCCAGGAGCAUCAGUUGGCAAUAAUAAGGAUGCUCAAGAGAAACUUGUAAUCACUUCGGUCUACCUACUAUUUGGGAUGGCGCUGCUUGCCAUGUGCUUCAAUCUCGCUCAAGAAGAAGUACAGGUGAAAACGCGAUGGAUCGCCGACCAUUUCCGAUCGAAACAGGACGAUGACGAUGACUGA